AUGCUAUUACAGUCCGUGCAUUUACCUCUUCAAAGUGCCGCUAGUGAGUUUUCUCUUAGUGUUAUGAGCAUCAGUGAUAACGAUAUCUGGGCUACUGAUCUUGAGGUAUCUUCCAGCGAAUUCCAGCGACAAGAAACGGCUGAAAUCCGUAAACUUCGAUCCAUACAUAGCAAAAGAGGAUAUGUAGACGGUAUUACGUCUGCGAAGGAGGAUAAUCUACAAGAGGGAUUUGACAGCUCGUACAGUGUUGGGUCCAAUCUUGGAACUCGUAUCGGUGUGGUUUUGGGCGAGCUACAGAUACUUGCACUCUUGCACGGUAAUAAUGAUAAUACCCUCGCCGCCAAUCUUCAACGGGCACAACAAGAACUCCGGAUCAAUAAAGUGCUCAAUGUACAGCAUUUCGACGAAAACUGCAAUCCCAUACAUACCAACAUUCCCAUAACACGGUGGGAGAAAAUACUCGGUGACUAUCAAGCCAAGUACAAAAUUACGCCUUGCUAA